AUGAAGCGGGAGGAAGCCCUCCACUUAACUAAUCACCAUUACCGACUCUACAGUUCAGUAAGGCCGGUGGUGGACACGUCUCCGCCCGUCUCCAUGUACAGUAGCCCCAAAAGUGAGUAAUUAUUGUUUUAGUCUCGAAAGUAGACAUUUACUUUUCAUUAGUUGUUGUAGGUAUAGCCAUUGCUUGCAGGUAUUCACUACAAACCGGCACUAAUUAAAAGGCCGGCCAGUUGUCAACCAGUUAAUAAGUAAGUAAAGAAGGUAACAAUUUGAAGGUAACGUAAUUACCCGUUGUGACUAGUAAACUGUACUUUGUGAACCAUAAUACUAAUACAAUUUAGAAAACACGGUAAAGAUGAGCUGAAUCACUUUUUGGCAAAGAAAAACCCAGAAAUAACACCAUUGAAUCUGGGUUUCAACGCUUUUGUACGAUCAGCUUCAGCCAUCAACAUCAAUGAGCUACGAAAUACUAGCACCAUGAACAAGGUCAGCUUUUAAAAAAGUUAUUACAGUAUAGUUGAGUUCAAAAAACGAACAAUUAAAUUUUUAUGUCCCAGUAGUGAUUCGAUAACUUGUUUCAGAUACAAUCAAAACUAAAGAACAGCGGAGUGUAUCAAGCUCCUGUAAAGUACGACAAACCACCGUUACCAAAGCCUAGAACAGUAGAAAAAGAAAGAAAGCACGUUCAUCCUUGUCAAGUUCAUGUUCACAUUCCUGGUAACGAGCAGUUAUCUAGGGAGUACUACAAAUUCAAAGACUAUGUUCUUGACUUGAUCAUACUACGCGGGGUAUUUACUGAUAGGUAAGCACUCUACAUGUGCAUGCCAAAAAUUAAAUAGAAAAUGUGUUUAGCCUGGUUAAAAUUUUUUAGUUCUUGUUAAGGUUAAUACCCUUUAGGUUAAAAACGUUUCUUAUGUACCUCUAUUUAUAUUUUAGCGUCAUCAAAGACUGUUUUACCAAUGAAAUAGAGAAACGGGACGAUUUGGACAGGGUAAGCUUUGAAUCUUUAUAAAUCACUAUUAUCUUUAAUACUUAAUAGUUAUAAACUUUUUCCAGGCCAAAAUGGAAAGGAUAAUGUCAGAUACACUACGAGAACUAGGCGUACAAUUACUGAGAAAACAAAACGGGUAUCGAAUACGAGCAUCAACUGAGAAGCCGUUUUCGAUUCCAAGAUCAGGGUCAUUGUAAGUUACCUCAUAACUAUGUUAUUGCCUUAUUUUUUAUAUCUCAAUAUCUUAAAUAAACAAGAAUAAGGUUUCGAAAACAAAAUUAAACAAACUUUCGAUAACAUACAUAUCGUGUAGGUCGUCACUUUCAUCAGAACACAUGUCAUCAAACUCGUCCAAAGCAUCUGUAAAAGACGAGUACCAAUCAGACUCGUCCUCUAACAGCAAAGCUUCUACGAGUUCGACCGAAAGCUCCAAGAAGUCGAGGUCACGCUCAAGUGAAAGCUCACAUCGCUCAUCUACUGGGUCGUCAGCGUUAGUGGAGAUGCAAAGCGACUUGGAAUCUGUAGUUUUAGACAGUAGUUAG